CUAAAAAAAAUAAGAGAAGAAAAUAUUGAAAACAAAGCGAAGCAUCCCGAACGGCAGCCAGACCCAAACCCACCCCGCCGAGCAAAUCCGAGCGAAGCAAAUCGUCGAGCAGAUGGAGGUCAUGGCCGCGGACCCUUCCUCACCAGCGCCUCCGGCGGCCGCGGCUGCGCUCCCCGAGCCCCCGUACCACCACCCUCCUGCUGGUCUCCCCGCGACGCCGCCGCCCAAGCCGGCGGCGUCGGGUGGGGGGCUGAGGACCCCCUCGCCGUCGCCGUCGGUGCAGGUGUCCGGGUACUCGCUGCACGAGUUGUUACUGCUGUCCCCCCCGCCGAGCUCGCGCCGGCACCGGUCGAGGAUGCGCGGGGUCGCCGGCGGGACGGGCGUGGACGAGAGCCUGGAGAUGGUCGUGGCGGGCACGCCGACGCCGCCCAGGCGGAGGCGGCGUGGCGCGGCGGAGCAGUGCGCGGCGCCCGCGCUGGCGUCCCCACGGAACGGGCGUCGGGCGAGGCGGAGGCUCGAGAAGGACGUUGAGGCAGAGGAGGACACCGCCAGGAGGGCCCGCAGAAGGAAGUCCACGAAGGCGGCGCUGGCGCCGAAAGCUGCGGUGAACGAGGAGGAUACGAGCUUGGCUCUGGUCCCGGCUUGGCCGGAUGCUACCAGCGGAACUGUCUUCGUGGAGCAAUCUGAGUGGGAAGGUCUCUGGGAAAGGAUUGUUGACUUGGUGAUGUGGAGGAACGUGGCUAAAUCGUCGCUAUGGUUCGGGUUUGGAUCCAUGUGCUUCUUCUCAUGCUCAUUUUCAAAAGAGAUCACCUUCAGCCCAAUCUCGGCUCUCUGUCACCUCGGUGUUAUGAUCUUGGGCUUAGCGUUCUUCAAAGAUUCUGUUCCUCAGAGGCCACAGGUGGAGAGGGGGAGAAGCUUCCAGUUGACUGAAGAAGAUCUGCUUCGUGCUUCCCGAGCUGUGCUUCCGAUUGCAAACUCCAUGAUAUCUACGGCACAAGUGAUCUUCUCCGGUGAACCGUCAAUGACUCUCAAAGUACUGCCUGUACUUUUGUUUGGUGCUAAAUAUGGAAGUUUGGUUACAGUGUGGAGGCUUCUAGCUGCAGGAUUUUUCACCAGUUUCACAGUCCCAAAGCUAUAUAGCUGCUAUUCAAGUCAAAUUCAUAAAAGAGUUGGGAUAUUGGGAGAUCGGGCUCUAGACGCAUGGAAGUCUUGCCCGCGCAAGAAACUUGUCGCAGGCACGGCAGUGACAAUGUUCUGGAACAUGUUUAGUGUAAAGACACGCGUCAUGGCAGCCUUUGUUUCACUGGUAAUACUGCGCUAUAAUCAGAAGUAUCGCAAGGCAGACAUCAACCCAAGAGUUGAAAGUCGCCAAGAGGAUGAAGGACAGAAAAUGGAGCUGGACGAGUAGAUUUCCAGCACUGUUACAAUCACAGCACAUGGCUCAUCGAGGGAAGCCAGCAGUGUUCUUUUGACCAGCUGAUUUACUACUGUUUCUGUACAAUAUUCAGUUCCACGUCUAGUGGUUAUAUUAGCUGCGCUGCUAUGUAUUUCUGAACGUUGCAUCAGAGGAGCUUCUACUAUGCCGAAACAAUAGGCCCCCUCGUAGAGUGCCUGUUGCUUGCUGAUAAAUAAAAUGGAAAAGCUUGUCAUGUGUA